AACAAAGUCAGUCGUCCACGCGUGGUUUUCUGUCUGUUAAACGCAAGUGGUCCAACAAGAGAAAUGCGUGAAGCGUCCAACAAAUAAAAACGCGAUCUUUAACAAGGCCCGAGCCCAACGCAAAGCCCUGUCGCGCGCGAGCAUGGACCCGCCAGAAGAAGAAGGACCCGCCAUCCGCCUCCCCACUUCCGACGCAGCGCCGCCGCCGCCGCCGCCGCAUCCGCCGCAGCCCCGCCGCGUGUGCCCCGGCUGCGACCGCCCGGCCCGGGUCUGCCUCUGCCGCGUCAUCCCCAGCCCCCCGAUCCGGACCGCCGCGAGGGUCGUGGUCCUCCACCACCCGCACGAGUCCCGCCACAAGCUCUCCACCGUCCCCGUCCUCUCCCGGUGCCUCCUCAACUCCACCGUCCUCCUCCACCGCAAGCUCCGCCCGGGGCUCUCCCCUCUCCUCGACCGGUUCCCUCCCUCCAUCUACCUCUUCCCGCCGUCCACCUCCUCCUCCUCCUCCUCCCCGUCCCUCACCCUGUCGCAGCUCCGAGCCUCCGAUCUCCUCCGGCGGGCCGAGCCCGAGGGGCUCGUGGUGAUCGCGUUCGACGCCACGUGGAAGCACGCGCGGGAGAUGCUGAGCGCGAGCGAGGAGUACCUGUCGCGGUUCGCGGUCAGAGUUUGCUUGGACUCCGAUUACGACGAGAGCGUCGACGGAGGGAGCAUCUACGAUUCGGAGCUGGUGCUCCGGAAGGAGCCGUACGGCGGGUGCGUGAGCACGAUGGAGGCGGUGGCUAGGGUUCUGAGGGCGGUGGAGACGAACGGGGAGGAGGUCGAACGGAGGCUGAUUGGGGUUUUGAAGGAGAUGGUGAGGCUGCAGGCGAGCUUCUUGAAGCCCUUGAAGCCGAGGCACAAGCUGUUGAAGAAAGGGAAGCAGAGGGCAAUGACAGAAGGAAAUGGAGCAGGGGCAGGGGCAGGAGCAGAGUGAGCAGCUCCAAAUGUGAAGUCACUUGCCCACUCUUGUUAGAAGAAGAUGGGAUUUUUGAGAAUUGGUUUGUUCAUUUGUUUUGGUUGUUUCUUAUGCUUGUUUGUUGCACUGCAUUCCCUGGGAUGAGAAGAAGAA